AUGUUUUCUGACUUCUUUACCUUGGUGAAUGACACAGGUCCCUCUACAUCUGUGGAAUCCUCUGGGAUGGCAGUUCAGGGGACAUCUCACCAGGGACAAUCUAAUGAAAAGAUCAUAAGUGAGUGUGUCUCCAGGGCCUGUCAGACCAGGGCUCUUGACCUCCCGCCAAUCAAUCCGGAUGCUUUCAACCCGAUUAUCAUCCGGUUUCUGGAAAAACUUACUGAGGAGCAAUGGAGGCAGUUAAGCAUUGGCAGGAUGGACCCUGUGAUGAGGGCAUUGCUUGCAGAGAUGUGCCUGGAGAUUGUGCGGUUUGUAUCUGAGGCCAUCCUGGAGGUCAUCAUCCCUGCAAUUUUCCGUUUUGUACGGAUAUACAGCCAUGUGUCUCCAGUAUCCGGCAAGUCUCUGACAGAAUCAGAGAGAUCUUCUAGCACAAACCUGAAGGUUCGCAAGAGAGGCAGCAGCAAAUCCUCAAGGUCUUGCACGGCCAAAUCAAGCUCCUCUCGUAAUGGGUCUCAGACAGUGUUGCCAAAACCUCAGGUAGAUGGUGAGUCUAUAUCAUCUGAGCCACUCAGUGACUUUUUUGGGAUCACUGAGGACAGUCUCCUCACUAGUGUCCAGGAUUCCUUCAAAGAGUCGCUGAACAAUGUCCUCUGUAUCCAAAGAGAGGACCAGUGGUGGUGUCUCCAGCACCAAGGUGGUUGA